UUCAUUACAACAGACGAUCCUGGGAUAUCAACCAGGUGCAGCUAUCAAGUCUGAUAAAAUCAUAAAAGUAAAGAGUAGUAAGAAAUAUAGUGUGAAUUUUAAAGGUGAUAAAGGCAAAUGCGUUAUAAAUGAUAUCUGUGAAACAGCUUCUGGAGAACUCCUCAUCGCAGAUUUUUACAAUGAAAAAGUGAAGCUCCUUGAUCAGACUUACAAAGUAGUGGCCCAUUAUAAGUUGGAUUAUGGACCAUGGUCCUUGUGCAGCAUUGACACCAAUCUGGUAGCUGUUAGUAUGAAUAACCGUGAGGUCAUCUUCAUCAGAGUGACCAAUGGUCAGUUGAUUAAGGACAGGAUAUUGAAGCUAGAACAUCGUUGCAGGGGUAUUGCCCAUCAGAAUGGUAAUAUGUACAUUACAGAUGGUAGUGCUCUGUAUCACUAUACAGUGGAUGGAAGACUGGUGAGAAAGAUAUAUGCGGAUACAUGUACAUCACGUGAAUUUACAGUUACUUCCUGUGCUGUGAGUCCAGAUGGAGACAGGAUAUAUGUGACCAACGAGGACAGUUACCAGCUGGUCACCCUGUCCAGGGAUGGUAAAUUGAUCUCCACCCUUACUGACGCUGCCCUGAACCACGAGAUACAACUACCUAGCCUUAAUGUGACAGAUUCAAGACAAGUUCUUGUGUGUGGAGACUGGUUCCCUACAAUCAUCCAGGUGGACAGAGAUGGGAGUCAGAUACUGGAUGAGGUGAUCACAAAAGAUGAUGGUGUAACUGACCCGACCGCUGUCUACUACAGUAAGAAAAAAAGCUCAAUCAUUGUAGGAAUGUAUUGGAAUAACGACAUUAUGGUGUUCGAGGCACAGUGGCAGUUGAAAAAGGAUAAUGUUCGUUCAUAAUCAUUUACCCAUGUGUAUAUACAGUUGUAAUUAACAAGUGUUAAGUUUAGUUUUUACUGUAUACGAGACAUAGUGACUGUUGGAAUAGGACAUAUUCAAUAUGUCCUGUAUGAAACACUUAACAAAUUUCCAAUUAAAUCGGUCUUUACCAAACCGGUGUCAUAAGGAAAUUUAAAUUUAAAUAUGCGUCACAGACACGGAUGCACCUACAACAUAUUUUUGUACAAAACUCGAUAUUUUGAUUCUACAGUAGGCAAAACGACAAAGGGUCAUAUUAUUCCAAAACUUUUCACAUCUUUAUGGUUAUCACAUUAAGCUUAUUCAACUGGAAAGUCUGAGCCUGAUUCAACAAGUAGUUCAAAAGGAGUUUCUAAAUGAAUUUUAGGACGACAUGCUAUAAAGGAAAAACAGAAAAAUCGCCAUAAUUCUCUCAAAACACAACUUAGCCAUAAUUCCAUUAAGGUCAUUGAACUUUGAACGUUUGAGCAAGAUCGACCCAAUAUU